UAAUUUUAAGUAUUUCUCGUAGAAGACGUGAGAAAGCAGGUGAAUGGUAAAGGUAUUGCUGCAGUCCACCAUCGCAUUUGCAAGCAGCAGUCGGUGGUGGUACAUUUCACACCCAUCAAAACGCUGCCGUUUCAUCUCCACAAUCAAGAUGUCGACGGAGGCGUACAAGUUUGGCCCUUAUAAAAUCGACGCAAAGGAAGUAUUCUAUUCCACCAAUCUCUCCUUUGCCAUGGUUAACUUGCGCCCUGUUGUUCCUGGUCAUGUGCUUAUCGUCCCAAAGCGUGAAGUGAAACGUCUUGUUGAUCUGACUGCUGACGAGACUAGUGAUUUAUGGCUCAUGGCUCAGAAGGUUGGCAAACAACUUGAAAGCUACCAUAAAGCUUCGUCUCUCACAUUCACUAUUCAAGAUGGGCCUGAGGCUGGACAGACUGUGCCCCAUGUUCACAUCCAUAUUCUCCCACGGAAAAGUGGUGACUUUGAGAGGAACGAUGAGAUUUAUGAUGCUAUAGAUGGGAAGGAGAAGGAAUUGCAGCAGAAACUUGAUUUAGACAAGGAAAGGAAGGACAGAGGCUUUGAGGAGAUGGCACAAGAGGCAGAUAAAUUCAGAUCACUUUUUGUGUAGAUAUGCACCAAAGCUACCUCCGACUUCCCUGGACACUUAUGUUAGCAUAAACUUAUCUCAACUUUGUGUUGAAAGAUAAAAAAUGAAAAUAACAGUAAAGUGGUAUUUUUCCGUUUCA